UUUUUCAAGCUGGCAACGUUGUCGCAAAAUACGACAGACGCUGCUUUUUGCGUGCGGCUGGGAAAAUUAAUAUCAAAUAUUUGUCCAAAUAUAGAGAAGCAACGUUGAACAAUUUCGCUGCAAACGGCACGAAGCGAAGAUAAUCGUUGUAAACAGCAGCCCAUUACAGCAGCAGCGUAAUGGCCGAAUAUUUGGCAUCUAUUUUCGGCACAGAAAAGGACAAAGUCAACUGCUCGUUUUACUUUAAAAUCGGAGCGUGCCGGCAUGGCGACCGCUGUUCACGCAUACACAACAAGCCGACAUUUUCGCAAACGGUGCUGCUGCAGAAUCUGUACGUGAAUCCGCAGAACUCGGCUAAAUCGGCGGAUGGCUCACAUUUGGUUGCGAACGUUUCGGACGAGGAGAUGCAGGAGCAUUAUGACAAUUUCUUUGAGGAUGUGUUCGUUGAGUGCGAGGACAAGUACGGAGAAAUUGAGGAGAUGAACGUGUGCGACAAUUUGGGCGACCAUCUAGUCGGCAAUGUGUACAUCAAAUUCCGCAAUGAGGCCGACGCCGAGAAGGCGGCAAAUGAUUUGAACAAUCGCUGGUUUGGUGGACGACCCGUCUAUUCGGAACUGUCGCCGGUCACCGAUUUCCGUGAGGCCUGCUGCAGACAGUACGAAAUGGGCGAAUGCACAAGAUCCGGCUUUUGCAAUUUUAUGCACCUGAAGCCCAUAUCAAGAGAGUUGCGGAGGUACCUAUACUCGCGUCGGCGUCGCAAUCGUUCGCGUUCACGUUCCCGUUCCGGUGGACCGCGGCGUCGCUCGCGCAGUCGUUCGCCGCGCCGUCGACGCGAGGAGCGCGGCAUCGGCGGCGGCACAGACCGUGGCGGCGAGCGUGGCAUUGUCGGUGGCACUGAUCGUGGUGGCGAGCGAGGCAUUGGUGGCGGCACCGAUCGAGGAGAUCGCAACGAUCGCGAUGGCAAUGAUCGUGAUAGACGCAAAGGUGGUGGUGGUGGCGGGGGAGGAGGAGGAGGAGGCGGCGGCGGUCGAUAUUAAUGGUCCAAAAUUUGUUUGGACUUCGGACUAUCAACUACGUUAUUGGUGGCAAUGUGAGAAAACGAAACGCCGCAGUAUCGUCGUGUAUUUCUCAACUCUUCACAGUCGACAUUUGUUUUUUUAUGAUUUAGCGCAUGGGGUGUCCACCACACAUAAUGUACAAACCAGCCGUGACACGAUGUGAAUUAUUUGAUCGAGCGCCCAUUAGAAUUGUAAUUACUUAUACACACAUUCGUAAUAAUAAAAUUGAGUAAUAAUUAUAAAGAUAUAGCGAAA